AUGCAGUGCGAUGCAGUGCUGUGCUGUGCGAUGCAGUGCGACGCAGUGCUGUGCGAUGCAGUGCUGUGCGAUGCAGUGCUGUGCGAUGCAGUGCGGUGCAGGGCGGUGCUUGCGGUGCCACAGGUGCUCGGCCAUUACCUGCGGCGGCAGCGCAGCCCGGCGCAGUUCGUGCGCGAGAUCCGCUCCAUCGCCAGCCGCCCCGCGCUCUUCUUCAACGUCAGCGACGAGCGAGCGCUGCGCGGCAUCGUGGGCGCCCUGGGGGACCGGAUCUUCAGCCUCGAGGGGACCCACGGGGACAACGGGAGCGCCUUCGCCUUGGAGAUGGCACAGAGCGGGUUCUCCGUUCAUCCCCUGCAGGUGUGGGGUGGAUUUGGGAUCGGGAUUGGGGGUCAGGAUUUGGGGUCAGGAUGGGGGAUCGGGUUUUGGGGUUGAAUAUGGAGUUGGGAUUUGGGGUCGGGAUAUGGGAUCUGGAUUUGGGAUCAGGGUGGGGGGAUAAAAUAUGGGGUUGGAAUAUGGGAUUGGGAUUUGGGGUUGGAAUAUGGAAUAUGGGGUUGGGAUUGGGUUCAGGUUUUGAGGUCGGGAUGUGGGAUCGGGUUUUGGGGUUGAAUAUGGAGUUGGGAUUUGGGGUCGGGAUAUGGGAUCUGGAUUUGGGAUCAGGGUGGGGGGAUGAAAUAUGGGGUUGGAAUAUGGGAUUGGGAUUUGGGGUUGGAAUAUGGGAUUGGGAUUUGGGGUUGGAAUAUGGGGUAGGGAUUUGGGGUUGGGAUUGGGUUUGGGAUAUGAGGUCAGGAUGUGGGAUGAGGUUUUGGGAUUGAUUACGGAGUUGGGAUUUGGAGUCGGGAUCUGGAUUUAGAGUUGGGUUGGAAUUGGGUUAAGAUCGAGAUUUGGGAUCGGGAUUUGGGAUUGGGAUGUGAGGUUUGGGAUUUGGGUCAGGGAUAUGCAGUUGGGAUAUGGGGUUGAGAUCAGGAUUUGGGAUGGGGAUUUGGGGUUUGGACAGGAUUGGGAUUUGGGGUUGGGUUAUGGAGUUGGGAUUUGGAGUCAGGAUUUGGGGUUGAGAUAUGGGGUCAGGAUAUGGGACUGGGAUCUGGGGUUGGGAUGUGAGGUUUGGAAUAUGGGGUUGGUGUUUGGGGUUGGGAUGUGAGGUUUGGAAUAUGGGGUUGGUGUAUGGGGUUGGGAUGUGAGGUUUGGGAUAUGGGGUUGGUGUUUGGGGUUGGGAUGUGAGGUUUGGG